UCAUUAAGUGUCCACAAGACCUCUAUAAAGUGCAUGGCAAUGCCAGCAUUUCUUAGUGCACCUUACAAUUUGCUUAAUUCAAAGAAAGUGGCAGCUAGCUAGCCAUGGCAGUGCGUUCGCUUCUUGCUUUAAUGGUUUUUGUUUUCUGCCUUGCAGAGGUUUCAUCUGAUCUCAAGAUAGAUACCGGAAUACUUCAUGUUGGUCAGCUUGUUGUGAGAGGUGGAAACAGGAGGCUCAUGCAAGACAUAGACUGUGGAGGGUUAUGCAAGCAGAGGUGCAGUCUUCACUCAAGGCCUAAUGUGUGCACCAGGGCAUGUGGCACCUGCUGUGUAAGGUGCAAGUGUGUGCCGCCUGGGACCUCAGGGAACAGAGAAGUAUGUGGAACAUGCUAUACUGACAUGACCACCCAUGGGAACAAGACCAAGUGUCCAUAGGCCUGUGAACCAGGGGCUUUGUGUAGCUUUUUAUAUUCGCAGCUGGAAACUGGGUUCUCUUUCAGCUUUUGUUUAAUCAAAUGAUUAUGUAUUCAAGGGAUGCUGGAUAGUGCUUGUAUAUUAGCUUUUGUGCUUCUCGUUUGAUUUCAUGUUUGGUAGGGAGUUGUUAUAAAGUGGUGUUUGUGAAAAUCAAUGGUGGGUGGUUAUGACUAA